AUGAGUGAAAAAUUAAAAGAACUCCGAGAAAGAUCUCAAAAGCGGAAGAAGCUACUCGCACAAACGCUUGGUGUGUCUAGUGUGAGUGAAUUGCGGCAUGCCCUCGGUACAGGUUUGGAUGUUUUACCAAAAAAACAAGCUACAGCAGGUUUCAGUGCCAGUGGCAGUGAAAAGCCUACACCUAAGGAGCCUGAUAGUUUAGUUUACACAGAUUCAUCAACAUUCUUGAAGGGUACACAAUCAUCAAAUCCUCAUAAUGACUACUGCCAACAUUUUGUUGACACAGGACAGAGACCACAGAACUUUAUACGUGAUGUGGGACUUGCUGACCGAUUUGAAGAGUACCCUAAACUACGGGAGUUAAUAAAGUUAAAAGAUGAGCUGAUUUCUCGUACUGCAACACCACCUAUGUAUCUUAAGUGUGACCUCAAGACUUUUGACUUGAAGACAAUGGGUGUGAAGUUUGAUGUAAUAUUAGUGGAGCCACCCUUAGGAGCAGGUUGGAGGUGGAAAGAUGUUCUAGCCUUGGAAUUGCAUCAUAUUGCUCAACCACGAUCUUUUGUGUUCCUAUGGUGUGGAAGUUCAGAAGGUCUAGACAUGGGCCGUGAGUGUCUGAAAAAGUGGGGUUUUCGUCGCUGUGAAGAUAUUUGUUGGAUAAAGACGAAUAUAAAGAAUCCGGGACACUCCAAAAACCUUGAACACAAUGCUGUCUUCCAACGUACCAAGGAGCACUGUCUUAUGGGUAUUAAGGGAACAGUUCGUCGUUCGGUGGACGGUGAUUUCAUUCAUGCAAAUGUUGAUAUAGACUUGAUUAUAUCCGAGGAUCCUGAGUUUGGUUCCACGGAAAAACCGAUUGAGAUAUUUCAUAUUAUGGAGCAUUUUUGUCUUGGCCGGAGAAGAUUGCAUUUAUUCGGUCGGGACUCCACCAUCCGUCCAGGCUGGGUGACAAUUGGUCAUGAAUUGACGAACUCCAAUUUCAACGCUGAUUUAUACGCUUCGUACUUCAAUGAGGGCCGCGAAACCACCGGUUGUACGGAGCGUAUCGAGGCGCUUCGCCCCAAAAGCCCUCCGAACACGAGUAAGGGCACUCGCCCUAGGGGCAGGGGGGGUUUCCGCAGCAGGGGUAGGGGCAGGGGAUCUAUAGGUUAA